AUGAAGCAACAAGACCAAUCUCCCACGCCAUCAGUAGAAGUACUCAAACAUCUACCGGUUUCACGAUUAGAUAAGAAGGCAGUUGCGUUUCAUGAUGGGCCGAUGAAAGGAGUCCUUUAUGCGCAGCUCGCUUGGUUUCGCACGAGCACAUCGUUGCUCAAUGUGACGAUUUAUUUUUUUGUUGAUGGAGCGGCGGCGGUACAGGGGGGGGGGGUGCGGCGGCGGAAGUGGGGGCGGUGGGUGUCAGAGAUCCGCCGGCCCAACAGCCGCACGCGCAUCUGGCUGGGGUCCUACGACACCCCCGAGAAGGCGGCACGGGCGUUCGACGCCGCCUCCGCCUGCCUCCGCGACCGCCGCGCGCGCCUCAACUUCCUCCGACGAUGCACCAGCUCCGCCGGCCUCCGGGCCCGGCCUCUCACCGUCCUCCAGAUCCAGGCCGCCGCAGCCCGCCACGCCGCCUCCGCGUCGCCCUCAGAUGGGCCUCGGUCCGAGAGCCAAGUGGACGAUAUAGACGAUCAUUUCCCCGGAUUCUGCGUGGACAGCUCGCGAUCCACGUCACCGCCGCUGUCGGGCGGAGCCCACUUAACCAGCCACGCGGAGGAUAUAGAUUGGUCCACAUUCGAGCCGCUCCCCGCGCGCGAUGAGUCCAGAUCCUCUGCGCCCGCCUCCCGUUCGCCCUCUGCGCCCGUCGCUACGCGACAAAAAACUCACGCGCUAAGCAUGUGCGUUUCUCCGCUCCAAUAAUAAAACCCAGCUCCAACGCACACAUAUCGCUUCCUGCUGAUCG